UUCCACGUGACCGCGCGGCGCUGCGGCGCGAUGGCGGCGGGGCUGGUGCGGGUGCUGUUGUUCCUCGGGCUCUCGGUCCGCGGGCCCGCGCCGGCAGGUGCCGCGAAGAUGAAGGUGGUAGAGGAGCCCAACACGUUCGGGGUGAACAACCCGUUCUUGCCCCAGGCCAGUCGCCUCCAGGCCAAGAGGGAUCCUUCACCGGUGUCUGGGCCGGCGCAUCUCUUCCGACUCUCGGGCAAGUGCUUCAGCCUGGUGGAGUCCACGUACAAGUACGAGUUCUGCCCAUUCCACAACGUGACCCAGCACGAGCAGACCUUCCGCUGGAACGCCUACAGCGGGGUCCUCGGCAUCUGGCACGAGUGGGAGAUCGCCAACAACACCUUCAUGGGCAUGUGGAUGAGGGAUGGUGACGCCUGCCGUUCCCGGAGUCGGCAGAGCAAGGUGGAGCUGGCGUGUGGAAAAAGCAACCGGCUGGCCCACGUGUCCGAGCCAAGCACCUGUGUCUAUGCACUGACGUUCGAGACCCCCCUCGUCUGUCACCCCCACGCCUUGCUAGUGUACCCGAGCCUGCCAGAGGCCCUGCAGCGGCGGUGGGACCAGGUGGAGCAGGACCUGGCCGACAAGCUGAUCACCGCCCAGGGCCAUGAGAAGUUGCUGCGGACACUUUUUGAGGAUGCUGGCUACUUAAAGGCCCCAGAAGAAAAUGAACCCAGCCAGCUGGAGGGAGGUCCUGACAGCUUGGGGUUUGAGACCCUGGAAAACUGCAGAAAGGCGCGUAGAGAACUGUCGGAGGAGAUCAGAAGGCUAAAAGGUUUGCUCAGCCAGCACGGUAUCCCCUACAUGAGGCCCACAGAAACUUCCAGCUUGGAGCACUUGGGCCACAAGACACCCAGAGCCAAGCCUGCAGAGCAGCUGCGGGGGGACCCAGGACUGCGUGGGAGUUUGUGACCCUAUGGUGGGAAGGCAGAGGUGGACAAGCGCCCUACAGAUUGGCUGGUAGGAUCCCCAGCGACCAGCUGGCCAGGCUUGUGCUUAGAGAAACAGACAAAACAAAGAUUCAAGGUUUUAAUUAAUUCCCAUACUGAUAAAAAUAAUUCCAUGAAUUCUGUAAACCAUUGCAUAAAUGCUAUAGUGUAAAAAAAUUUAACAAGUGUUAACUUUAAACAGUUCACUACAAGUAAAUGAUUAUAAAUCCUA